AUGCCGGGACCCUCGCCCGGCGGUUCCCCGGAGAGAGAGACGGGGGCCGGGGGGCGGCCGCGGGGGCCCGGCCGGGGCAGGCGGGUGCGGUUCCGCCUGCCCCACACCGCCAUCGCGCUGCCGUCGGUGCGCGAGGAGGAGCGGCUCUUCUACCGGCGGCUAGAGGCGCUGGCGGCCCCGGGCCCCGGCAGCUUCGGGCCGCUCUUCGCCGCCGACGGCUGGAGCGACCUGACGGAGGACCGGCUGCUGCGGAAGCGCGUGGUGCGGGACGGGCAGGGCGGGCCGCGGCCGCAGGCGGGCCAGGAGGUGUCGGUGAAGGUGCUGGGCGCCCUGGAGGACGGCGGGCUGGUGGAGCGGGACCCGCGGCUCACCUUUGUGCCGGGCCACGGCGACGUCGUGCAGGCCCUGGAGCUGGGCGUCCCCACCAUGCAGCCCGGGGAGGUCUCCUUCUUCCUCGCCGCCUUCCCCUACGGCUACGGCCGCCCGGGCAGGGAGCCCGACGUGCCGCCCGAGGCGCCGCUGCUGUUCGAGGUGACGCUGCUGGAGGUGCGGGACGGCCCCGACCCGCAGCCGCUGCCGCCCGCCGUCCGCCUGUGCCUGGGCUCGCAGCGGAGGGAGCGGGGCAACUUCCACUUCGCGCGGGGCGACUUCGCGGCGGCGCUGCGCUCCUACCGCCUGGCCCUGCGCGCCCUCGACGGCCCCGCCGCCGCCCCGCCCGGGCCGCAGGAGGAAGAGGAGCUGCGGGAGCAGCGCGUCAAGUGCCUCAACAACUGCGCGGCCGCCGAGCUGAAGCUGCAGCGGGUGGGCGAGGCGCUGGCGGCCUGCGAGGCGGCGCUGAGCCUCAGCCCGGACAACGGCCGGGCGCUGCUCCGGCGGGGGCAGCUGCUGGCGCAGCAGGGCCGGGACGCGGAGGCCGCGCUCGUCCUGAGGAGAGCCCUGGAGCUGGACCCGGCCAGCAAGCUUCCGGAUUUUUCGCCCCCGCCGGCAGAAUGGCAGCUGUAG